AUGUCUCCUGACUGCGACUGUGAGCGGUGUGUCGCUCGGCGGUCAGUGGGCAAGACUCCUCUGCACCUCAAGACUUAUGACGACUCGACUGGACCUGCGACUCCUCCACCCGACCCGCCACCCAGGUUCUCGUACUACGAUGAGGAUGGUAUCUGCAAGUCCGAUCGCAGCAAAGUACCGGAUUGCUGCUGUACACGCUGCAAGACUCGCGCCGCCUCCCGCAAGCCUCCCAUCCACCUCAAAGCGUUCGAUGACACCGUCAAUCUGCCCUGGCACUGCGUUUGUAACUCUGAUUGUAAGGCUAAAACUUGCUCUGAGAAAUGUGCAUGUACGAAGUGUGGGUUCGGUCGCAGUCGCUGUCACUGGAUCUGCAGCUGGAACCCUUUCACCGAGGAUGAUGUGCCCCGGACUCUUCGUUCUCGCCACUCCAUUCUCUAUCAGUUUGAGAGCGCUUACAACAACUACCCAAAGUUAGUGGCAUCCUAUGGACGAUUGGAUUACGACACAUGUAAGUCGGAGGACUUGAAAGCAUUUGUCCAGCAACGAGGCUUGGUCGAUCCCUUCCCACCGGGCUUGACACUGAAGAGCACGUACAUUCGCAUUUUGGAUGCUGCAGACCGCGCUUACAGGUUCCGGUUCCUCGAUCUGCCUCCAGAGAUGAGAAAUCUGGUUUAUGACGAACUCCUCCUUCUGCGGCCUUACGGAGAAUUCAACGGUUGUCAUACCUCAAUCCUUUCGACCUGCCGUGAGAUUUACGAUGAUGCCUCGGCGAUCAUAUUUGCCAUCAACGAUCUGAAAUGCGAGUUCUCCUUGGACCACACUACUUACGAUGGUGAAGGAGUCUUCGAGGUCGUGCUCAACAAGUCUCCCGGGGACUACGCCAGAUUUUGUAUACUAGAAGCAGACGACUUCUUUCUUCGUGCAACUUCACUCAGGAUCCAAAUCACCGCACAGAGACACGACACAGACGACAACUUCUACUACAUGCCCAUCUCAAACGGUCUGCUGGCUUUCGCGUCUUCAUUCAUGGAGGGUAAUGCACUAAUCGAGUUGAGGAUUGACUUCUCCCUGGGCUCAACCGAGACCGUCACGAGCAUUGAAGCCCAUCGCAUCUUAUGGCCCCUUCGACGACUCCGCGGGAUCAAAAAGGUGGAAGUAAGUGGUGAUCUCUCAACAGAAUUGGCGAAAUCGAUCCAAAACGACAUGCAAAGCGACACAUCUGUGACCAAUACUCUCUUCUGGCAGCGGGAUGUGAAGCGGCAGGCCAACCGGUAUCUCGGAUUCGACCCCCGUUAUGGUCARGAGGAUUCCAAACAUGAUUUCGUUGGUCUCCGGCAUCAAGUGUACACUAUUUCAAAGGAGCUCCCAGAGAUUGAUACUAGGUCCAGUCCUGUCGUGGGCCCGUUUUUCGAAAACGAGACCCAAGAGGUAGAAGCACAGAAACAGAUCAGGGCUCUGGAGGCUUUGUUGGCGCUCAUACCCAAGGAUAAGUAUUGA